AAUAUAUACAUUUUUUCUUAUCAGAACAAAUGCCAUGCAUGAUUUGAUGGAUUUUGCCAUAACAGCCUAAUGCAGUAACACUUCACUGUACACAGUUGAAAAGAGACUUUGCUGGGCGUUAGAUCACUCUUAAGCUCAGCAUCGUAAGCCCGGUAAUGGCCCGAUUUCCCUUUAUUUCAGCAGUCUUUGUAUUGCUUUUGGUGACCAAUGUCCGCCGUGGGUUAUGCACGGUGCAAGACAAGAGAAUCCUUCCCGGUUCCUCUGAUGCAUUGAUCAACUUGCCGGAGUUUCGUCAAACCCACUAUGUCUCGAAUGGUGCCCGCGUCCCAUCAGAUGUUAUGGCGGAACUUGGUGUUAACCAGCUUUUAUCCGCUGCCGACUUGCAGACCGGCUUCUUCCAGAAGGUCCGGGAAUUCCUGGGCUCAGUGGUCGACCAUGCCGGAGCAGAAAGCACCCCGGCUUUGGACAUGCCCAGACUGCGGCAAGAUGGCCUGAAACUGCUGCAGGACCUUGAAUUGUGGGACCCACAGGAACCAGGCCAGAUCGACUUGGAGGAGAUGGCGGAGGCAGUAGGCAAGGAGAUGCGGCAGUUUGUCGGUAUCCAGGCCUGGAGGAAUGUGUCUGCCAACUGCCUCAACAACACGCUGCAGUUCUUCGAUGAUGCCAGCACAGGUCUCCCAUACGCCCGUCAAAUGAUAAGUUCCGAUGGCGAAUUGAUUAACGUGGAUUCAGUUCUCAACUUGAAUCCUGUGAGUCUUGGUAAUGUGGAGAUGUGUCAGUCGGUCAAGCAGUGGAACCCAGACGCCCCGUACAAGACGCAGUACUGUAACCUCGCUUAUACAUUUGCUCCCGACGUUUACCUUAGCCCUGUCAUUGGUCUAUGCUUUCCCGCUAACUGCACAGUAGAUGAUCUCCAACAUCUAUUUCAACCUGUUCAAGUUAUUGGACUAUACAUAGAUGUAUCCUGCUUGGGGCCGUACCCGUGGGAACCGUGGGCAAUAGUCACAGUAUGUAUUUUGUGCUUUUUCCUGUUGCUGGUAACCAUGGGAACGGUUUACCACGUCAUGAUUCAUCAAAGAAUCCAGGCCAGUAUGACCAAAGUAACGGCCUGUGUGGAGGAGAGAGUCGAAGGACAAUCGGACGAAAAUUCUAUUCAAAAGGUAGACAUAGAGCUUCAGUACAGCGGCAGCGAGACGGCAAGUGUCGUUGUGAAGAAAGACUUGGAAGCUAAUGGCCAUGCAGCUCACCACAACAACGGGUUCGUCGACAAUGAGGGCAAUGCUGCUGACUCGAAGGAGACCAGCUCUCACUCCCAGAUUAUUCGCUCACAUGACAAAGCAGCCAAGCAAAAGAUGAAGAUAUUUGGACUUCUAGACAAUAUCAUGAUGGGCUUUUCGUCCAUCCACAACGGCUCGAAGAUUUUGAACACGGAACCGACGGCUGGAAAUCUUGGCGUUCUGAACGGCAUCCGCGUCAUCAGCAUGUGGUGGAUUAUUCUCGGUCACACGGUGUCUUUCAUGGGCGGUUAUGUCGAUAACAUGAGUUACGCGGCUAGUACGAUGCCCAAGUCGUUCUUGUUCUCGGCUGUCGCCAAUGCGAACCUUUCCGUCGAUACCUUUUUCUUCCUAAGCGGUCUCCUUCUGACAUACCUGACGUUGAAACAUCUCAAGAAAGCCAACGGUAGACUUAACUGGUUUCUCUUCUAUCUCCAUCGCUUCAUUCGUAUCACCCCGGCCUACAUGGUGUCUGUGGCUAUAUUUGCUAGCCUAGCCAUUCAUUUCGGCCAGGGACCGGGCAAGAGGCGAUUGUUCGAAGCUGCUGCCGACGCUUGCCGCAAAAACUGGUGGACCAAUUUGCUGUACAUCAACAACCUAUAUCCCUUCCCUGGCGAAUUGGGUCAACAGUGCAUGGGGUGGUCGUGGUAUCUUGCUAAUGACAUGCAAUUCUUCGUCAUCAGCCCUGUCAUCAUCUACCUACUGUACAAAAAUGCUAAGUGGGGAAUGGGCUUGAUAAUGACACUGUGUCUUGCGUCUUUUGGCGUCACUGCAUACAUCGCUGCUUAUUAUGGGGCAGGAGUUGGUUUCUUUCCUGAUUAUAACAACAACACUGUUGUUGUGUACGGAAGCACUGGAGUGGACAUCAUAUACGGCAAGCCAUAUUGCCGAAUACCAGCCUAUUUGGUCGGCGUGGUGUUUGGAUACAUCUUCUACAAAGUGCAAGGGAGACCAUUUAAAAUGAGCAAGUGUCUUAACCUAUUCAUGUGGUUUCUGUCUACGGCUGUUGGCCUGUCAGUCGUGUAUGGAAUUUACAGAGAGGAAUUAAUAGGAUCAUUUCCGCUGUAUGCUGCAGUGCUCUACAACGUGUUCGCCCGACCAGCGUUUGUAACGGCCGUCGGAUGGGUUUCAUUCUCUUGCUUGGUAGGCUAUGGAGGACCCGUCAACGCCCUCCUGAGCUGGGGCUUCUGGGCCCCGUUGAGUCGCAUCACCUUCGGUGCUUAUCUCCUGCACCCCAUCAUUAUCUACACCAUUUACACGAGUGCCAAGGCUCUGUAUCACUUUACCUACAUGCAAUGGGUAUGUUUGUUCCUAGCUAAUCUGGUGUUAGCCUACGCAGCGGCCUUCGUGUUGUCCAUCGGCGUGGAAGGCCCGGUUAUGGCGCUGGAGAAAGCUCUACUCGGCGGAGGGGCGAGAAGCAAGAAGAACUAACGCACGGAGUUCGAACAACACAGCAUUAGGGACGAAAUUUGGAAAUGUUGGCGGCAAAUAUAAUGUUGUUAUUAACCUAAAUUACGUUCUGGUGCACUAUACAAGCUUUUGGGUCAGAUUUGAUCGGAAUUCGGGUCAAAUUUUACCCAAUACAGUUAAGGUGUCAAAUAAGUGAUAAUGACAUUUUUGCCAAGGUUUUCGGACAAGUGUAAUUUUGACCUGAAAUAAAAAAAAAUGUCAGGACAAAUGGGAUCCGGAUCCGAACCACAUAGUCGAAUUGUUGCUUACAAUAAAAGUACAAGCGUUUAUAACUUUUUCAGAGGGUGGGUGGGUGGGGGCCGGGGGAUGAUGCACUAUAGCAUUUUAUGAAGGGGCACCAAGGGUUGGCCAACCAAUAUUUUCUAGAAAUUUCCUGGCCACCACAUAUACUGCAAAUUGUUACAGGGAGCGGGCUGGACCUCUUUUGACGAUAGAGGGCGCUCUUGUAUUCUUACUUGUUUAUUCACAUUUUAUAAAGUCGUUUGAUAAGGGAAGUCAACUAUUGUAAUCUUGAUUCCUCUGCGUAUUAAAAAGCUGGCACAAAUUAUUUAAAAAGACGCUAGGCAAACAGCAUUUAUUAUUAUUGAUUUUUUUUUUUUU